AGGACAAAAUAGCGUUUGGAAAAAGCAAAGCCUUGUAACCAAAUCCUACGUCGGAGGUUACGAAACAACACAACACAACACUCUCUGUUCAUUCACUGUUUUCUCGCUAUCUUCUUCAAAUCAUUCCAUUUUCACGAACCUUCUCUCACUCUGCAACAAAUGAUUUGGUUGUGCUAAGAUUUGACUGGAUUUUGAAGCAUAUUGUAUGGUUUUGAUAGAGAGAAUGGGUUAUAUUGGUUCUCAUGGUGUUGCAGCUCUGCAUAGAUACAAAUAUAGUGGUGUAGAUCAUUCCUAUGUGGCAAAAUAUGUACUACAGCCCUUCUGGACUCGCUUUGUUCAUUUUUUUCCUCUAUGGAUGCCUCCAAACAUGAUAACUCUGAUGGGAUUUAUGAUGCUACUAUUGUCUGCGUUGCUUGGCUAUAUAUACUCACCUCAAUUGGACACAGCUCCUCCAAGAUGGGUUCAUUUUGCACACGGGCUACUUUUGUUUUUAUACCAGACAUUUGAUGCUGUUGAUGGGAAGCAAGCUAGACGAACGAAUUCUUCAAGUCCAUUAGGGGAGCUGUUCGAUCAUGGGUGUGAUGCACUUGCUUGUACAUUUGAAGCACUUGCUUUUGGGAGCACAUCGAUGUGUGGAAGAAGUACUUUCUGGUGGUGGUUAAUAUCUGCAGUUACAUUUUAUGGCGCAACGUGGGAGCACUACUUCACCAAUACACUGAUACUUCCUGUUGUAAAUGGACCUACAGAGGGUCUUAUGAUAAUAUACCUCAGUCACUUUUUCACUGCUGUCGUUGGUGCUGAGUGGUGGGCUCAGCAAUUUGGAAAGUCUUUGCCUUUUUUGAAUUGGUUGCCUUUUAUUUCUGAUGUUCCAACAUACAGUGCUAUAUUGUGUUUGAUGAUAGCUUUUGGAGUUAUACCAACCGUCGCACUCAAUGUUAUCAAUGUUUAUAAGGUUGUGAAGUCAAGAAAUGGAAGUAUGCCUCUUGCAUUAGCAAUGCUUUAUCCGUUUGUUGUCCUUGUCGGAGGAGUGCUUAUGUGGGAUUAUUUGUCACCAUCUGACAUCAUAGCCAAUUAUCCACAUUUAGUUGUCAUGGGAACUGGGCUUACUUUCGGAUAUCUUGUGGGAAGGAUGAUUUUGUCUCACUUAUGUGAUGAACCAAAAGGCUUAAAAACUGGAAUGUGCAUGUCCCUCAUGUAUCUACCACUCGCCAUUGCUAAUGCACUUGCAUCAAGGCUAAAUGAUGGGGUUCCUUUAGUUAAUGAGAGACUAGUUCUUCUUGGUUACUGUGCAUUUACAGCAUCGCUUUACUUGCAUUUCGCGACAUCUGUCAUUCAUGAAAUUACGAAUGCCCUGGGAAUAUAUUGCUUCAGGAUAACUAGGAAGGAAGCUUAAAUCUACCAAGAUUUUUCAUUUAGCUUGCAAGUCAAGAGAACUACCGGCAAGGUUUUGGUCAAUACUAAUUUUGCUACAUGGCAAUUUUCAUUAUGUAUUGAUUCUUAGAUAGGUUAGGAGAUUUAUUUGUGGAAAAAUUCCAUUUUCACCACUAUGAAUAUAUUGAUGAUAGCUUUAAUGUGAAUUGAAAAGGAAAAUACUUAUCUCAAUGGUUGAUUUCAAUUUGAGAACCAUUCCUCUCAAAUCUCCCA